AUGGGGAAUUGGGACCGGGCACUGGGAGUUACUGGUCGCUACUGGGAGGCCGCUGGUCGUUACUGGUCCUGCGAGCCCCCCCGGUGCCGUUUCCCGGCCGCCGCCGUUCCCGGGAGGGGCGUGGCCGGGUGGUGGGCGGGGCCAGGCCCGUGCGGGGCGUGGCCAUACUCAUGGGGGCGUGGCCAUGCCCGGGGGGGCGGGGCCUCUCGCCGGGACCGGCGGGUCCGGCCCCCCCCCCGCCCGCCGCACCGGAAGGGCCCGGACCGGCACGGCCGCCAGCAUGAGCGCGCCCUGAGCUCGGCCCGGGCCGUGGUGCUGCUCUAUGACGAGGCGCAGAAGCUCUGGGUGCCCGCGGGGGGGGUCCCGGCGGCCCCCAGCUGUGUGCAGCUGUUCCACCAGCCCGGCUCGCUCGCCUUCCGCAUCGUGGGGCGGCGCCUCCCGCCCGAGCAGCAGGUUGUUCUGAACUGCCCCCUGUGCAGGGGGCUGCGCUACAGCCAGGCCACCCCCCAGUUCCACCAGUGGCGCGAGGGGCGCCGGGUCUGGGGGCUCAGCUUCAGCGCCCCCCCCGAGGCCGCCCAGUUCGCCGCCGCCGUGCUGAGGGCGCUGCAGGCGAUCGAGCGGGGACCCCCCUGGCCUGGCCGGACCCCGAUGGCUCCGCCCCCCCUGAGCCCCCCGACAG